UUCAGAGUUGUUAAUCAAGUCUGAGUCCUUCUCCUAGCAAUGAUAAUGUCAUUCACAACUAUAUUUCUGAUCUUUGGUAUGCUGGUGAUCACCACAAGCUCUUCAGAUCCAGCUUUAGACACUGUAAUGAUCAAAAGUGGCAUCAACAAAUGCUUUUGCCAGAAGUUAUCAACUGAGGCCAUCCCUUCAGAAGAAAUUAUAUCAGUGAUUAUCCAUCUACCUACGGAAUAUUGCAAAAAACCAGAAUUCAUAUUACUUUUGAAGAAUGGGAAAAAAAUUUGUGUGAAUCCAAAGAGCAAAUGGAUAAAAUCUGUCUUACAGAGUUCAAUGAGAUUGAAAACUACCUCAACAGAAAAGAAGAAAAGCUGGAAACACUUUUAAGAUCAUCUGAGUUCAUUUUUCUUCUCAAUAAGAAUUCUCAUUUCUUUUACUAUUUUUAAAAAUUCCAAUAAAAGCAUCUUUUCAGGAACUUCUUCUUAGAAACAAAUUGCCAAAAUGACCUUUCUGAAGCAACUCAGCAACAUGUUGGCGUCUCUCUAAAGAAGCAAACAAGUACUUGAUUUGCAUAUCUUUAGUUAACAUUAGUAAAUAAAUUUAUUAGAUAUAAAGGUUAUUUCAUAUCAAUCUUAAUCAGUACUAGAUGUAAGGAUGACCCUUCAUACCCCCCAGUUUUCAAAGAAAGAUUUUCCUUCAAAUGAAAUCACAGCUUAAAUAUCAAAUUGGAGCAGCUGGCAAGAGUUAGGAAAGGAAGCAAGGAAUCUUUUCUUCACCAUGAAUUUCUGAAAUUAGAAGGAGAGAAAAUUGCCCAGGGAAUUCACAUAAUUAUAAUUGGAUUGUCUUCACAAAGUAAUGGGCAAUUAAACCUCUUGGGCACAGACUAGAUUAAAAAGAUCAGGACUUGUUAAACCUAAAAAUUCUCUCUACCUUAGUCAACUGUAGCAAAGAAAAGCCAAUUGAUUGUGUUGUGCUAUUGGCACUGGCAUCAUGCCAGGGUUGUGUGGUAAAACAUAAUGACUCUGAAGACAAUUAUUUGGAAUGAAAUCCUUCCCACGAUGGUUAUCUCCAAUAUAAUCCUGAAGAAAUCGCUGCAAUUUCCUGGCAUCAAAUCUCUUAUCUCUGAAACUGAAGGAAUUGAUGAGAUAGCCUAGAGGUCUUUUCCAAGCCUACAUUUAACAUCCUACAAAGAAACAUCCCAGAAUCAAAUUCAGAGCAAUCAGGAUUAUUUAUAAUUAAGCUUAUUUUACAGAUCUCUUGCCUUCUAUGAUGUGUUUGCUACAAAUCAAGGAGUAAACAAUUCUAACAUAAAUGAUUUUUUUCUGAAGUGUAUCACUCAUGUGCUGUUCUUCAAUAAACAAAAGCAGAUGUUUUACUUAAUUGUGAUAAAUUCUUUCUUUC